AUGGGGAAGGAUCGUCAGACCAGCGCUCGGAGGGAGUGGAUGCGACAGAAAGCACGAGAAAGAGAGAACCAAGAUGGCGAAGGACGAAAUGAGCAAUCCUCUUUAGUGAGCGGAGACAAAUCCAUUAACUUCUGUACGAAGCACGGUAAUCCAUACAAAGCAGAUAUACAGAUAACGUUGACUAACUCGCAGAGAUUCGUAACCUCACGGAGCGACUUUGACAAGACACUGCGCAUGCCAACUCCUGAUGAUGGCUUCGUUGAUAGUCUUUGCCGAUUAACCUCCGUCUCUUCAAUAGAUUCAAUAUAUGAAAUUUCUGACUACUCUCGAUACGCAAAAAUGUCUACAGCCGCCGAAUCUACUCAUCAGACUUUUUCAGAUGCACCAAAGUCGAAGAAGACUGCAAAGAAAAAACGGAACACGUCAAAAUACGUGAAUAAAAACAAAAAAUCCUUCAAAUCCUUCGGAAACGGGCCAGACACUCGCAAUAGUCAUCUCUUGCAAGAAAGUAGCAACUCAGAAAGAAACGAAAGCACAUUUGUUCCAGAAACAUCUGUUUGGAGCGAUAACUACAACCGCAGUUUCGGCAACUCACAUUCAAACGAUACAGAUUGUACUUUUGUCCCGCAAACACUUGACACGACCUGGGCUUCUGUCUAUAGCCAGCAAUCUGAAAAUACCUUCGUCCCGCAAACACUGGAUGACACAUGGAAAACUAACAAUGAGUCUGUUGCUUACGUUCCUCAACUCAUUAACGAAAAUCAUAACACCUAA